AUGUUUCUCACUUCAACUCUUUUCAUUAUCGUCACUCUCGGUGGACUCUUUGGCAAAUCUGUUCUGUCCCAAACUCUCAAUGACCCGGAUGGGCUUGUUAAUUUGCGGAACCUCGCUAAAGAAACAGAGAGAACGGCAGCCGACAAGUCAAUUCCGAUUGUUUUUGUGCCUGGAUUCUCUGGUUGGGGCGCACCGCUGUUCGGUGCUCUCAACUACUUCGGCGGCGUAAUUGACAUCCCGAAUCUCCUUGCCGAUAUGGGAUAUACAGUUAUUGUUGCUCCAGUUGCUCCAAUCUCCACCAACUGGGAACGCGCUUGUGAGUUAUACAGACAGCUCACUUUCGGAAAGUUCAGCAUAGUUAACUCGGCGACAAAUUCCAUUGACGAGGUCUAUGACGUAGACGUUGAUUACGGCACUUACUUUGCUGCAGAUCCAGCUCACGCUCCGGAGAAGACCAGUACCACAGGCAGGAGACGGGCAAUCCAGUUUUCAAACUCACCAGACUUUCGCAACUGGAAGUGGGACCGCGAUCGCAAAGUUCAUUUUGUUUGCCACUCUCAAGGUGGAAACACAGUACGCUAUCUCAUUAGUCUGAUGGCCAAUGGCGCCGGAACUUUGCAUCCCACAUACUUUGCCGAGGCAGGUAGAGAUGACUGGAUCAUCUCUGUCACAACACUUGGGACCCCUCACAGAGGAACAACAAUCAUAAAUGCCCUCGAAAGCUUUCUUUCCCGAUCGAGGCAACAGGCAGUGGGCCUGGUCGCAAGACUCUUCGCUACAGCAUCGUUCUAUCCUCCAGAGAAGAGGGCUUAUGAUCUUCAGCUUGACCACUGGGGAAUCCGCAGAAAUUCCGGAGAAACCUUCCAGGGCAUGCUCGCCCGUAUGGAAUCAGUUAACGGCUCUGUGUCGAAAUGGCUGAAUUCCAGCAACAAUGGUCUUUACGAUAACAGCAUCGAAGGAGUUCAUAAUCUCUCCCUGAAGGCAAUCAAUACCUCAGAAAAUAUCUAUUACUUCAGCCUAUCCUUCCAUGCAACAGAUCCAUUCCCUGAAGCCUGGCCUGAGUGGGGUAGGGACGCAAUAGACUCCUUUCCCACCAACAUAGAGAGGUUCGUUCGGGAAGUGACAAGAAACAUUCCAAUCAUCGGGAGGCUGGUAGACAGAAUAAUCAGCGCCUUUACUAGCCUUGGAUGGAGAGUCAUCAUUAACGUAACCAGUUUCCGCUCUUUCGUGGAGUGGGUUACUAAAGCAGUGAUAACUAGGGUUCUCCAGGAACUGGGAUAUGAUCUCGCGCUUCCAAAUCCAGGAAGAUACAUUCCGCGAAAAGACGUCAUACCAAUUUUGCUACCGAGUGUCUACGCAAUGGGAAGCCAGGAGCUCACACAGGUGCAAAGGGACAUCCUAGGGCCCAAUCUAGGAGACUGGUAUCAGAAUGACGGUAUCGUUAACACCGAGUCCAUGAGCGGUCCCGAUAACUUCGUCAGGGGCAUCAACUCCCUGCCGGAUCUCAACUUUAGUGUCGACGGAAAGCGGGGGAUCUACUGGCAUUUAGGCGUAAACGAUCAAAUGGACCAUGCAGAUCAGAUUGGCGUUUUCAUAGAGCAAAGCACGGUGAGGCUGCGAACUCUAUGCUGCUCAUGGUCUUGCUAA